CUGCACACAAAGUAUGCUGUAGUGUUCGUUCUUCACACAACCUGACUGGAUAUGACACCCAUGAUUCUCACAUCUUGUUCAGGUAGGAUAAGAUUUGUGAUGCACACUUAUCUUGACACAUUUCCAUGUACUGAUCCACAACUGUAUAAGAUUAUGUCAGCAGAGACUCAGUUACUCUUUGACUUGCAUUCACUGAGGUCAGAUCUGUUUUCUGUACCAUUUUCCUGAUUAUCUAUAUAAAUCAACUCAAAUUUGAAGCUCUUGAUUCAUAGUAUUUUGUCCAUUUGAUUUACUUAUCAAUGCCAUAGCUAUAAGAUUUGAGUGUUUUCUCCAUCCAUCUUUUCCAUGGGGAUAAAAGGACCGGGUUGGACUGGGGUUCCUCCUGGACUGCAACCAGCAACGGACCAACCCUGCAGAUCCAAAACCAAUGACAGAACCUUUAAACAAAAACAUAUGAUCUAAAUUUUAUGAAGUACCAGAAUGACAGCUAGUCAUUAAAUAUUUUUGUUUGUAUUGCAGUGAUAAAUUUCAUGUGACCCUUUAUUGUAUAAACAGCCGACACGCCUUAUGUUGGUGAUGGCCACUUUGUGAUUGACCCUUUGACCCUCUGCUUGACAGAAUGAGCACCUUUCAGACAAUUUUUCUCUUGGCUGUAGGCUUUUAUGUAGGUGAGUACAACAUGCUAGCUGUUGCUAAUCUUUUGCAUUUAUUGGGAAGAAUGAAACAUGCUAAAGUUCCAUUCCUGUCAUGUCAAGUUUCAGCCCACUCUAUGAACUUAAAGGCAAUCAAUCAGUUCAGAAACAUGAUCCUGUGCCUGAUGCCCAAUAGCUGGCCUAUUCUCGACUACACUGAUUAUGGCUGCUACUGUGGUUUGGGAGGCUUUGGAACACCUGUCGACGAUUUGGACAGGUGCUGCCAAGUUCAUGACAAGUGUUAUAGUGACUCCAUGCAGCAUCCUGAGUGCUGGCCCAUCAUGGACAACCCUUACACCAACUUCUACCACUACAAGUGUGACGACGCUCACAAAAAGAUAACCUGUACAAAGAAAAACGAUGAAUGCAAGAUGUUCAUCUGUGAGUGUGACAGAAAAGCUGCAGAGUGUUUCAGCAAAUCUGAAUGGAUCCCUGAACACAACCACCUGCCAAGGGACCAGUGUCAUUAAACUUGACCAGAAACAAAGACAUAUCCGCCUCAAAAGUGAUGAAAUGAUAAAUAACCAGCACUGUGCUUUUAUGAGUCAAGGAACUCAAAAACGCAUUAGUUAUUCACAUUCACACACAGUGAUGGUCCGAAUCUACAAUGUAAUCUUACAUACACUUUCGGAAGCAACUGUUCUUUCAGAUUAAAAAAAAAGUAUUUAUUUUUUUAACAAAAUCCAAACGGUUGCAGACCUUGCAGAAUCAUGCAGAAUUAGGAUAUCUGCUUUGGGUUUUUACAUGCUACAGUUCCAUAGGUGGGAUUGCAGCAUCUUUAUCUCAUCCUAAACAUUAAUUUUACAUAGCAUUUAUUAGUUGCAUGUGCCUUCUGUUAAUGAUAGAUGGCGCUGUUGUAUCCUAUAUAUUUUUCUGAUCUGCUCGCCCCCAUGUUCCUAAGCUUUCAUUGAGGUCAGCAGAUCUCAUCCUCCUUUGCACUCCCACAAUGUGCUAUAAAUCGCGGGGAGAGUGAGAACGUAUCUAUACCACCCUCCAGCUGUAGAAUGCACUGCCUUUGGGUGUAAGGCAGGGCCCUUCUUUGGCGGUUUUUACUUCUCGUUUAAAGUCUCACUUCUAUGGAAUGGCUUUUAGUUUGUGAUUAGUUUUUUGUCUUUUGUUUUAAUGUUUAUCUGUGUUUUAGUUGUUUUAUUUAGGUUUUCUGGUUUUUACUUUUCUCUAUCUGCUUGAGACGCACUUUGGUCAGCUCUCAUGUUCUUUGCCUGUUGCUUUGGGACAAGUUUAUAAUUCUGUAGCUGUUGUGUAUUUCUGCAACCUUGUUUUAAAAUGAAACAAUAAUUAAAUGGAGUUUUUUAAAGUAAGAAAAAAUAAACUCAAUAUCUUGUCUAGUUUUAUUUAUGACAAAUGUUUCUGAUCUUAUGAGAUACCACAUUUCGGUUUUUCUUUUUUUUUUCUUUUAUAACUGCUUAUGUAAUGCUGGCAACAUUGACUGGUUACAUAAGCUUUGGAAUGAGUAGCUGUAUUUAUAUUACUAAUAACAUUUUUCAGGUUUCUUGUUUGAACAAAAAUAUAAUGUUUAUAUAAUAAAAGUCUCUUUCAUCCA